AUGUUAGCCAUCCGUUUCCAAACAAGGAAAGACAAUGACCCUCUAUCCUCCCCUUCCUCCUAUGCUCUUUUGAAUGCAGACAGUACCACAGGGACAUCGGCGAUAUCAACGAGGACAAGUGUGGAAAUCCGCAAAAGCAGUGUUAUGACAACUGAGAUCACCUGUAAAGCAGAAAAAAGCCCCACGACAGCUAGCGGCAAUAGCUCAUGUCCUUCCACAGAGACGGAGGAGGAAAAGGCACAACGACUGCUUUACUGCUCCUUAUGCAAGGUGGCCCUCAACUCGGCCUCACAGCUGGAGGCGCACAACAGUGGUACUAAGCACAAAACUAUGCUAGAAGCCAGGAAUGGAAGUGGGACUAUCAAAGCCUUUCCUGGGGCAGGAGUAAAAGGCAAAGGACCUGUCAACAAAGGAAACACGGUGCAAAACAAGACUUUCCACUGUGAAAUCUGUCAUGUGCAUGUCAACUCAGAAACCCAACUGAAACAGCACAUUAGCAGUCGAAGGCACAAAGACAGAGCGGCUGGAAAGCCCCCGAAACCCAAGUAUAGUCCCUACAACAAGCUUCCUAAGGCAGCACAUCCACUGGGGGUAAAAUUAGUGUUUUCAAAAGAACCUUCAAAGCCAUUGGCUCCCCGAAUUCUUCCCAACCCCCUCGCUGCCACAGCAGCUGCUGCUGCUGUGGCAGUGAAUUCUCACUUCAGUCUUCGAACUGCUCCUGUAGCCUCUCUGUUCCAGACCUCUGCCCUGCCUCCUGCACUUCUGCGACCAGCGCCAGGACCCAUUCGGACCGCCCAUACUCCAGUACUGUUUGCUCCUUACUGAAUUCCAAACUGGAGUCGUUGUACUGC